AGCUUCCCUCUUUUCUGGAAUUUCGGUGUUUAUCAUCCCCGCGCUUGCCUCACCUCGCGGGCAAACCCUCGCUCUGUCUCCCCCGAACGGACAUUUGAUUCGUCCGUCACACUCACGAUGCCGCUCGUCGUCGACAAUGGCGAACAACGCAUCACGAAUGACGACGAAGACCGUAUCCCAAUCCCUCCUUCCGUUCAGUCCGUCCCAGGGGCCUCACAUUCCUACUCUUCUAAUGGUCUUGUCCCCGGAACAGUUGGCAACGGUCAUGAUCCUCACCCAAACGGCAUAAACGACUUCAGUGGUUAUACAGUCAUGGUUGCUGGUCAGCGAACUGGCAAGACUUCGUUCCUACGUCUUCUCUUGGACACCAGUGAAAUCUCCUCAACGGCCACCAAGGACCAGCUCGCCUCCGUCGCAAAGUUCGUGCAGGGUUGCAGCGGUCAUACAUCCCACAUACGCACCGCAUCCAUCAAUAUCGACCAUGAUAUCGACCAAAAUAGCACACCUCAGGUCCUUACUCUCACGCUCGUGGAUACACCCUCUUUGACGUUCGAGGAUGAAGCUUCCACCGAGCGGGCUAUUCAUGAGAUACUCAGGCAUGUCGAAUCCAGAUUCGCCGAUGGCAUCGAGGAUGAGUGGAGAUCCACAGCGGGUGACAACAACAUCCAUUUGUGUAUAUAUUUCUUGGAUCCCGACGUGAUUGUUCCACCUUCGGUACCAGGACCUCCUGCUCCGCUGGUCACUCGUACUCGGGGUAGUAGCUUCUCCGUCACCGAGCCGGAGCCCGUCAUUCUCGAGCCCCCUGUCACCAACAAUCCACUCCUAUGCCGCCCUUCUCUUCCUCUUAGCGAAAUUAACACCAUCAGGCGGCUUUCUGCCAGAGUCAAUGUGCUGCCUGUGAUUGCUCGCGCAGAUACGCUUACCAACGACCGCCUUGCGGCCGUCAAAAUGGCUGUCCGCCGAGAUCUCGCGGAAGCCGGCAUUGGCUUUGGAAUCUUCGAUAUGGACUCUCAUGCGCAGUACCAGCACCGUAAAGACGCGGCUGAAUCUGCGCACCCUGUAAAGGGUGAAAUGGUGAAUGGCUACAGUGGCCAUGCGAAUAAGACUUCUCCGCAUGGACACCCUUCGCCUCCGAAUUCUCCAGCAGUGGCGUCUCUCAAACUCCCAUAUGCCCUUAUCUCACCCGAUAUCUACUCACAUAGUGAUGGCGUAGCGAGAGUACCCCUAUCACGUCAUGAGCUUGUACAGCAAUAUGCUCCUUUGGUUCUUCGUCACACUGCUUCUAAACUGACGCGUGGCAAAUUCAUCAGAAGUUAUCGGUGGGGAUCUAUGGACGUUCUAGAUCCUGUUCAUAGUGACUUCAUGCCGCUGCGCACUGCUAUAUUUCAUCACAUGGAGACGUUGCAGAAAUACACUCGAGAAUACCUUUUUGAAAAGUUUAGAAACGAAUACUUGCUCCAGCACCAUUCUGCUAACCAUCAGCUUCACCCUCAUGCAUUGCAACAAGCGGUCCCGCGUACUCCUGUGCCUCUUACGCAUGCUCCUCGCCCUGUUUUGACUAUCGAAACUCAGCCAGGUCAUGGCUCUGUCCGACAUCCCCCUCUUCCCAUGGCCCGCGACAUUCCUCCUGGGGCGGAUCUGCGUGGACCGCCACUUUCCCGUCCGAUGACGGAAGGUGCUUCUCAGCUUCAAGGCAAGACAGCGUCUGGGAGGUCCUCCAAGCAGAGAACUAAGAAGAUCACAGUGGCAUGCAACUUCUGUCGAUCCCGAAAACUCAAAUGCGAUGGGGGACGCCCUGCUUGUAGCCAAUGUGUCAAGCGGUCUAACCUUUGCGAUUAUAUGCCACAAACUAGUAAACGGCGCAAUCCUCACCGUCCACCUAAGGAGGAUAGUGAGUCCGAGAUGAGUGGCGAAGAUCGAUCCGCGGAAGACAAUGAUCCCUCGGUAUCCCCCGAGAUUGUUUCCCAGCCAUUAUCUCGCAGGAGUUCCAACGUCGUCGAUAAGCGGCCAAUAUUGGACGGCUUUCCUACCAUCGCUGGCCCAUCAGAGCCCCGCGAAGGUCUUCAUAGCAUGCCUCCUAGGCCUAAAUCUGGUGUAGCUACAGGAAGUUCGGGAACUUCCGACGGACGGACAUUGUUCAAGGACAAUGAGUUACCUCAUAUUGCCACUCUGUCGCUACCAGAGAACUCCCCUGCAGCUGCGAUGAGUGCUCCCCCGCUCCCACCAAUCAGACCAGCCUCAGAGCAACAGGCUGCUCAGCGAAAGCGUGCAUCCACUGUUCCUGGGAGGAGCAAUCGUCCCGCUGCUAGCACCGGUCCAAAAGUGGUGGCAUGCAACUUCUGUAGAGCGAGGAAGACGAAGUGCGACGGAGCACAUCCAGCCUGUUCCAGUUGUGCGCGAAGGUCCCUCCCAUGUAAUUAUAAUCACGAUUCCAGCACCAACGGCGUGAAUAAAAAGGGGACUCGACGUGCCUCGACCUCCAAGGCAAAUGCCCCCCUAGCACAUCUUUCUUCCGUGCAGUCACCUCCCGCCCACUCUCCCCCUUCGUCAACCGUUGUUGGCGACUCUCGUUAUUCCGCUGGAAAGUCCGCUGAAGAAAACCAUGGGGAGCCCAUGGAUGUCGAUCUGAAGAGAAAGAUGGACGACAUGGAGUCUUUGCAUAUUCAAAAGAGAAUGAGGGUGGAUGAAACCAGCGGGGACGUUAUACCCUGAGCACCCAUUCAUUGAUCAGCCUUCAUCAUCACUCCUCCCUGACUGAAUCAGGUGUAAACUGUAGAAUUAACUCGCAUAUGCACUGUCCCUUGGGAAGCUUGGAAACUGUCGUUGAACGUUAUGUUUUUUGGGUUAUCUCCAAGUGUUCUUGUCUUGUUUUGUGCAUGGACAGCGAUUGCACUGUAUUUUUUCUCCCUUGCUAUUCUUCUUUCAGGUGCCAAUGUUUUCUCUUCGAUAUAUAGCUAUCGUCGACCAUUGUAUGUAUGUCAAUUCAAGUUGGGAAAUCAAACUCAAAGUUUAUAUA